GAGUGUACCGGGCAGAUGGACGAUGAGCUAGUAGGCACUACCAUACAUACAUAUCUCCAUGGGAGGUGGUAGCAAGGAGCUGAGCUCCACCAACACCAACGACAAUACUACUGAUCAUCAUCAGGACACCAAUAGCAGAGGAUUAGGCCGCCAUGGAUACUAUGACCCUGCUGCCGCCUACUACUCCUCCCCUCCCAUCGCUUAUCCUCCACCAGCAGUUCAUGGAUGCCCCCCAUCUUAUUACCCUCCUUCUCAAGGAUAUGGAUAUGGCCAUGGAUAUGGACAUGGCCAGGCCUAUCACUCUUCUUAUCCACAGCAUCACGCCUACGGCAGCAGUACCGGCUAUCAUGGCCAUGGUGCUUUGUACGUUGCCGGCGGUGCAGCAGCAGCUGCCUAUGGCGUGCAUCACUUGAGCCAUGGCGGCCAUCAUCAGGGUGGAUACUACCCAUAUCGCCAUGGGGCAGCUGGAUAUCAUCAUUACGGUGGCAAGUUCAAGAAGCACCAUGGAGGACACUAUGGUGGCAAGUUCAAGCGUGGCAAGUUCUUCGGAGGUGUAGGCUUCCUCCAUGGGAAACACAAGAGGUGGAAAUAGAAGCAGCUACCUAGACCAAUAAUGGGAAAGCUUCUCCUAGUCUUUGUACCUCCAUAAUCCAUUGUACCCAACGGCUGGAUAGCUAUGAAUAAACUGAUGAAUGAAUGUUGGGAAUAAUUUGGGAAUA